UAUUCGUAACUAGAGACUCAUGAAUUGGCGCGCAGCGUCUUAUUCUGCGUGUUUUCUAUAUUAUAUCGUGCAAAUGGUGGCUUUAGCGAUGUUUUGUUCAAUGUUUCUUAAAAAUUAACCAGUCUUAUUGUACGUCGUGUAUAGUAGGGACAGAGAUAAUAUUUGCUGUUUAACAUUCAACCUGAAAAAGCUUGCGGACAACAUGGUGAAGCUCCAUAAGAAGUUUUUCGCGGGUGACAAAGUCUUUGCUAAAGUUCGAGGUUAUCCACCGUGGCCAGCAAAAGUUGAAAAAGUUAUUGAUGCCAAUUCAAAAAAUUCAAAGUAUAGUGUUUAUUUUUAUGGCACAGGAGAAACAGCUGUAUGCAAAGUAGAAGAGUUGUAUACCUAUAUAGAGAAUAAAGCAAGAUUUGGUAAACCAAUUAGAAGAAAGUUUUUUCAUGAAGGUUUAUUGCAAUUAGAACAAGAACUUAAAAAUGACAAAAAUAAAGCAUCGGGUCUUGCUGAUCUUAAAGAAGUUGGAAUUGGUGAAGGAUCAGGGAGAGAAGGUGAUACAAAUUUACCAACAGUUAGUACUGCAGAUAGUGAUAUGGAAACAGGACUUGUUAUUGAUGAGGAGGAGAAAAAGAAAUCCAUGAAAAGGAAGGCUGUUUCGGCUACUGAUACACCUGAGGUUAAAAAGAGACGUGGUAAAGCAAAGUCUUUAUCUGCGUCUACAAGUGAUGCAGUGAAACAAGAAGCAUUGGAUUCUCAAGGAGAGGAAUCACCAAAAGAAGUUGUAAGUCGUAGCGGUAGGAAGAUUAAGCCCAAACGAUUUGCUGACUUUUCAAGUUCAGAAGAGACAGAUGCUACAACAGAUAAAAGUGAUCAUGGAAGAGGUCGUGCUAAAGUUAAAACUGAAGAUUCUAACGACCAAGUAACACCUAGUGCAGUGCAUAAAAAAAGAGCUACUGUGGAAAAAAAAAAUAAUUUAGGCGAAGCACCCAUAUUAGAAGGUACUGUGGUUUCUGGUACCGCAUCGUCGGAUGCCCCGGGACGACUUCUAUUGGCAUUAACAUUUGCUGGUGAAUAUGUAGGAAUCAAAUUAGACAUGGAUAAACCAAAAUCUUUUGAAAAUGAUAAGGCUCAAAAACAAUGGGACUGGUCUACUGCUAGAAAUGCCAUGAAAUUAAAAGCACAAUUGGAAAGCGGCGAAAUUUUACCAGAACAAGUGAAAGAUUGUUUGGAUUUCAAUGUACAUGUCCCAGAUGAAGAAAAGCGAUUAUUAGCAAAAGAUGGAGCACUUCAUCGUAAAACAAAUAAACUGAGAUGGCUUCGUAUAGAGGCACAACUUUUACAGUUGGAUGCUCAAAUUAAAUCCAAUCUCGGAUUAGAUCGAGCAUAUCCGGAUAAGUGUUUGCAGGCAAUGGAUGAUAUGUUAUCUCUUUCAAUUGAUCCCUUGAUGUUAAAAAAACAUCCACAUAUUGUGGGAACUGUUAAAAGGUUGAGACGAUAUAUUGGCAAUUUAGCCGAUUGGAAAUUAAGCGACGAAGAGGAGGGUGUUUUCAAACAAAAGGCCGAACAAAUUAGACAAAAGUCAGAACAUAUAUACAACAAGUUUAAGGCUAUGUUUACCAUACCUGAAGGGCAAUCGUUUUGGCAAUCAUUUUCCGACCAAGUGGUUCAUUUUAAAGAAUUAACAAAGGAUAUGUCUGAAGAAAAAGUAUUUUCUCUAAUGUCUGAUCCUGCUUGUCCAGAUGCAGUCGUAUUAGGAGAUUCACCUGCUGAUGAGAGUGGUAGUCAACCAGAUACAGAUGCACCUGUUGAAGUUAAAUCGGAAGAAGUGCCUACAUGGAAUGAAAUUACAAAAGAAUCGGAGGCCAAGUAACAUAGUGACAUUUUGUAUCUGACAACGUGGAAAUUAUAAUUAAUUUUUUUUUGUACUAAUUUAGUACACUACACAACACGAGUGUCUUAAAGUUGAAAAAGAAUUCGCUCUUUUCCGCUUGAAUAGCACUUUCGGAUAAAUUUUGACACUGUAUUUUAUUUAAUGAGUCUUCUUUGGUAAAUUUAUUGUCAUAACUCUUGUCCCUGGCAAUAACUAUAAUCAGAAAGCCCACUAUAGUGAUGAACACUCUCUAAUCUGUUAAAAAUGUUAAGAAGAUUGUUUAAUUAUAAAGCAUUUUAGAGUAGACAUAAUUAUUUACUUUAUCUGAUAAAACAUUUCUUUAAUAAUUACAAUUCCUUUUUCGUCGUUAAGUAAUACCAAAAAAGAAAAAGAUAUUUCUGAAAGUUAUAAGACUAUCUUCAUUCUUUAAUGUUUCGCUAAUGUUGAGCUAGAAUGUCGUCUAUUUACGUAACGUCAAAUACCAAUGUAUAUAUAAAAAAAAGGGAAAAAUGGAAAUUGCAAUACUCCUCUAUAUGUUGUAGAGAUUUACGAUUAAUUGCAUGAUUUAUUAGUUUCAAACCAAAAUUUCAAUAACACUUAUUAAAAUUAAUGUUUCACAUUUUUAAUUGCGUUUUCAUGGCACUUUAAAGGCAUAAGUUGAACAAUCAUUUUAAUAAAACAAAGACGCACGUUAUUUCACUUAUAUAAAUUAUUGGUGUAUAUGAGUUAAACAUUUCCUAAAAAUUCAAAUGUGUUCACAAAGCUACUACUAUUACUAAAUUGUACAAAUUAGAAAAAUAGUAAUUUUUAAAUUUCUGGAGGAAAAGACUUCUAGGCAAUUUGAAGUGGGUGAAUAUUCGUUUUGAGUAAAAUUUUGCAGAGUAAAAGUUCUUUGAAUUAAUGUAGCUUAUUGUUACAAUGCAAAUUAUAUGUUACACUUUUAUACAAGCUGAAGAUAGAAAAAAAUAGAUAUAUUUAUUUGCAUUCAGUACUUUUUAUAAUUCAAGACACAAUAAUACUUUAAUCUCGUUCAUUGUUUCAUUGUAAUGAUAUUAUAUCUAAAUUAAGCACAGUAUCUAUCUUAAUAACAUAAAUGUACUUUUGUAAACAUUUGUCGAAAAAGAAUGCUGUAAAGGUGAUACUGUUAAUAAAAACAAAUUGAUGUAUUUUUUUUGUUGAAUGAUGAAGAAACCAUUCUUACUUUUGUUCAUUUAUUCUUUUAUGUACACUUUACUUAUUCUUACGUUAAUUCGGAGAAAUGCCUUUGAAGUGUAUUGAAAACGAAAAAGGUAAAUGAAUAUUUUCUGUUCAAAGUUUUACCCUAUAUCUUUAGUUAGUUAAUAUGUUCUUUUUUAAUAAGUAUGUUAAGGUUUAUUGCGUAUCUUUUGAAAAAGUAAACGAAUAAGUAUGUUGCAUAAUUAAGGAAAUAUUAUAGUUACUAAAGAGAUAAAUGUUUCUUUCAAAUGUCAAGAAGCAAAUAUUUUGAAUAAAAAACUUACUGUAGA